UGUGUUGGCAGUCAGGACAAGUUUGAGGGGGACCAGAAGGAGGGGAGGGUCUAUAAAAGAAACAAAGAACUUCAACACACUCACAAGAAGCAAGGAAAGCCAAAGGACAAGAUGAUUGGUCAAGGGCUUUUCUCCAUCCUGCUGCUCUUGUGCAAUGUUGAUGCUUUUGAGUACGGCAGACUGGCCCAACACGUGGACAGUCAUCAAGAAGAGUACGUCGAGAUUCUGCGAGAAUGGGUGUCUAUAGAAAGCGACUCCAGCAACGUGUUGAAGAGAAGGAACCUACACCACAUGAUGAACGUGACCGCACAGAAACUGAGACAACUGGGAGGAAGUGUGGAGUUAAUCGAUGUCGGCCAUCAGGAGCUGCCUGACGGACAGAACUUAACGUUACCUCAAGUGGUGGCGGCUCAGUUUGGCAACGACGUCAGCAAGAUCACGGUGUGUGUUUACGGUCACGUGGAUGUCCAACCUGCCAAGCUGGAGGACGGCUGGGCUACACAACCAUACAACCUGACUGAGGUCAACGGAAACCUGUAUGGAAGAGGAGCGUCGGACAACAAAGCUCCAGUUUUAGCUUGGAUUCAUGCUGUGGAAGCUUACAAGUCACUUGAUAUGGAUUUACCAGUAAAUGUGAAGUUUUUGAUCGAGGGCAUGGAAGAAACAGGUUCCAAUGGUCUGGACUCAAUGAUCGUGUCUCACAAAGACACUUUCUUCUCUGACGUGGAUUACAUCAUCAUCUCCGACUGUGGCUGGCUCAGCACAAAGCCAGCUUUAACCUAUGGCACUCGUGGAAACUGCUAUUUCUUUGCUGAGGUUGAAGGCCCCAAGAAGGACUUACACUCUGGUGUUUAUGGAGGCACUGUCAUCGAACCAAUGACUGACAUUGUUGGCCUUCUUGACACUUUGAUAAGUCCAAGUGGUAAAAUUCUGAUUCCUGGCAUCAGAGAGGCGGUAUCUGCUUUGUCUGACGAAGAAUGGAAAAUGUUCCAAGACAUUGAGUUUGAUGUCGAUCAUUACAAGAACAAGAUUGGCGUGGAUCAGCUGAUGUACAAUAACAAGGUGGACUUGCUGGCCCAUAGGUGGCGCUAUCCUACUGUCUCCAUCCACGGCAUUGAGGGGGCGUUCUCUGAUGCUGGCACUAAAACUGUCAUUCCUGCUAAAGUGACCGCAAAGUUCUCCAUUAGACAAGUCCCGGACAUGGAACCUUCAACCGUGGAAAAACAGGUCACUGACUACCUGCAUUCAGUGUUUGCCAAGAGAAGAAGUCCAAACACACUAAAAGUUCAGAUGGUGAUUGGAGCAAAACCUUGGUUAGCUGAUCCUCAAAAUAUUCUUUAUGAAGCUGGAAAGGCUGCUGUCAGGAAAGUUUUUAAUGUCGAGCCGGAUCUGAUCCGUGAGGGCGGAACCAUCCCCAUCGCCAAAACCUUCCAAGAUGUGACUGGAAAAAACAUCAUCAUGAUUCCUAUUGGAGGCUUUGAUGACGGCCUGCACUCCCAAAAUGAGAAAAUAAGCAGGUACAACUACAUUGAAGGCACCAAGUUGUUCAUCGUUUUCCUGCAGGAAGUUUCACAGAUUAAGAAGGACGUUGUGUGAAAACCUUUUCUAAUAUUCAUCAACACUUUUAUCAUGUACAGUUUUACUGUACAUGUAGUUAGUACUGUGUUUGCUAUUGCUAUAUUAUUUUAUUUUGAUUGACCACUUCUUCAUAAGGCAAUGGUGUGUACUUCAUGUACAAAUACAAGUUUGAAGCAGAUUAUAAUGAUUAAUUACUCAUUUUUAUUUAAUAAAAAUAACUUUUUCCAAUCAUGUAAAACGUACAUUUUAACAAUCAAUAUGAUGGGUCAGCAUUUAGAGUUGUUCUUUCUUUUAUUUGUGCUUUUUAUUUGCUUAAAUGAUAAGUAGAUUAGUGAUCGAAUUUCAUAAUCAUGCUGAUGUCCAAUUAAUGAGUCAUACAAUUAGUGAUUAUUAACAUGAAUAAAUGUCACUGUUUCAUUUAUCUUCCUUAAUUCAAUUCAAAAUACUUUUGUACCUCAUUUUUCAUACGCCCUAAUUUGAGCAUGAUUCAGUUUUAGGUGAAAAUGUGUCUUGGUUUUCUUUCUUUCUUUAGUUUAUUUCGAACAUGAACCCACUUACAGUAUAAUACAUCACACAGUUUCAUAUCAUUUCACUUUGCAUCAUGUCCGAAAAGGAGUAGGAAGAAGCAAAGCUUAUUUAAUUCUACCCCUUUCCCACUUCAGUGCGUUUACAAAUAUAUAGAAUCAUUUACUGACCUUUUUAUAAUAAAAUAACAUCUGUGAAUUAGUAUACACAACAGUUUUGUAAUAUGUAAUGUAAUGUUUUCUAACGCUGUUUUGGUUUAAGUAGAAUUACAAAGUCAGUCGCUUCUUAUCGAGUAUGAUGUACAAUACUCCAGCAUAGACAAUUAAAGUUGUAUUAUGUGGUAAAGUAAACAAGAGUGUGUGUUUCCAGAGUGUCAGUGAACGCACCACAUUGCUCAGGAAAUCUAACCAAACAUUGUGACGACCAGCUUGUCCUCAGUCGUUUUGAUGCUUUUAUUUCUGGAGUUUAUUGAUUUCAUAAAAGAACACAUAAUAGUUAACAUGUAUAAACCCUUAGUUGAAGGAAACAUUUACAUUAUUAUUAUUAUACAUUAUAACUUUUAUGAAGCUAUACUUACCUACAGUUUAGUGCUUGAGUGGAUCCAAGUUGUUUAUUUUCAUGCUGAACCUGCAGACAAUGAAGGAACCAUAGUCACCAUAUUGAAGUGAAUAUUUCUAAUUAAUUAUAUUUAUUGAUAAUUUUUGACAUAUUCCCAUAUUUUAUCGGUCAAAUCUCAUUUUUCACAUUUAAAUUAUAAUUUUUUUUGUCAUAUUUAAUCAGUCAUAUUCAAUUUACCAUAUUUAAUUGAUCACAUUGAAUAGGUUAUACUGUAUUUAGUCAUAUUCAAUUGGUCAUAUUGAAUUAACCAUAUUAAUUAUAAACCAUAUUUAAUUGGUUAUAUAUUCAAUAACCAUAUUCAAUUGGUCAUAUAGUUGACCAAUUGGUCGUAUUUGAUUGGACGUAACUAAUUGAUCAUAUUUAGUCAUAUUUAAUUAACCAUAUUUUAUUGAUCAUUAUUAUUUCUCGUAUUUAAUUGAACAUAUUUGAUCAUAUGUAAUUAGGCAUGCUCAAUUAACCAUAUUUAACUGCUCAUAUUCAAUUGAUCAUACUUGGUCAAAUUCAAUCAACCAUUUUUAAUUUUUAAUUAAUUGGCCAAGCAGUAUUUAAUUGGUCAUAUUUAAUGAACCACAUUGAAUUGGUCAUAUUUAAUUAAUCAUAUUGAAUUGGUCAUAUUUAAUUUGUCAUAUUAAUGUAAUCAUAUUUAAUUACCUAUAUUUAAUUCGUCAUAUUUAAUUAACUACAUUCAAUUGGUCAUAUUUAAUAGUCAUAUUUAAUUAACUAUAUUUAAUUCGUAAUAUUUAAUUGACGUGUUUGUUCUGUCAUAUUUAAUUGGCCAUAGUUCAUGGGUCGUACUUAAUUUGCCAUAUUUAAUUGGUCAUAUAUAAUUGAUCGUAUUCAAUUGGUCAUAUUUAAUUAGGCAUAUUUAAUUAACUAUUUAAUUCGUCAAAUUAAAUUGGACAUAUUUAAUCCGUCAUAUUUAAUAUGCCAUAUUUAAUUGGCCAUAUUUAGUGGUUGCAAUCAUGUGUUUUAGAGGAACAUUAGUUUGACACAUUUAAUACACGGUUUCUUAAUAUUUGGUAGUCUUUGAAAGGUUUAGAGGUGAAAAUACAGGAUAGAUACCAUAUAAGAAGAUUUGAAAAAUUACACAUCCUUGAAGUGGACUUUUCAAACUAUUUUAUCAACGCUUCUUUCUACACUGACAAGGAGUAACGGUACAAAUAAAUAAUUAUAUCGUUUACUUACAUCUGGAUGGUACAUGAAUUAAACAUUAAUCAUGAAAGACAAUGCUGUAAUUA